GACAAGCAGCGCGGGCAGCGUCGCCCUCGCCUCACCGCGCGCCGUAACGGUCGCGCGGCUCCCUGAGGAGGCGGCGGCGGCAGGGCCCGCCCAGCGCGGGCGGGGCCGGCGGCGAAGCGAAACCGGGGCCCGCGGCGCGGCCAUGGCGGGGGUGUCGGCGGCGGGGGGCGCGGAGCGUGGCGCGGGGGCUCCUGCGGCGCAGGCACCAGGACAAGCUGCUAAAUCAGCAAGGACGGUUGUCAUCUCCGGUGUUCCGGAUGGCCUUCUGAGCGACGAUGUCAUGACUGAUCUACUGGUGAUUCAUUUCCAAAUGGCGAAGAACAAUGGUGGAGAUGUGGAAGAAGUAACGUAUCCAACAAUGAAAAAAGGAGUUGCAUAUGUAACUUUUGAAGAUCCAGAAGUUGUAGAGAAUGUUCUAAAGAAGGAUGAACAUCAACUAGAAGACAAGAGGCUGUCCAGAUACUAUCCUCUGAAAGUAACCCGCUACUGUGAAAACGUCUUCAGCUCUGUCACAUCUGUCCUCAAUAUGUCUGUUUUCAAAGAUCAAUUUGUUUUAGAAGAUCUGAUACAAGAACUUAAAAAGAACAUCACAGCUUUGAGCUUUGGUCGUUUGCAGUCCAAUGGGCUUAUUUCUGUUCAAGGGCCAUUUCCAGCAAUCAAAUUGCUAAAAGAUUUUCUCUUAUUAAAAGCAAAAUCCCUUUCAGAGAAGGACAAAAGAGUGGAAAAUAAGACCCAUCAGAGACCAAAGAGGAGGCUCCAGCAGCAAAGACUUUCCAUGGAGACAAAUAAUUUCAUUCCUGAUCCAGAUGGAGAAAAACAGGUGGUCGUUCUUGACACAGAUAUAUACCACUACAUGAAACACUUUUUUUUCCAGAAAUUCCUUGUAAAUUAUAAUGUUGUCAUUUCUGACAUUACUGAUGGUGAGAUAACUACAGUGUAUCUUGAGAAUGCCAGAAGUAGAUCUGGCGUUGGACAGGUUUUAAGAGUCAAAGAGGAAAUUGAAAAUAACUCUAUAAAACUUCAUAACAGUUUACGUAAAGAAAGGAUCUAUCUUGAGGGGCACACGGGAGAUGAAAAGCAGAAAUAUAAACAGGCGUGUGAAACUGUAAAAUCCCAUUACCCCUAUGUUUUGAUUAUUCCUUAUGAUACUCACAUUGAUAUUAUAGGAAAUUCUUCUGAGAUUUUUGCGUUCACAGAGGAAGUAAGCAGAAAAAUUCAGAGCCAAAAGAUUCAGCUGGAAGAUCAUGUUCAUGUGGCUGCUGCAAGUGAAACAAGUCGUUUCUGAUUCCCAGUGAAGGACAGCAGGGCAAUAGGGAAGCCCUAUUGCUCGGACCUCUGAAUAAGGAUGUUUUCAGUUCUGUAACCUUUCUCAUAGGAUUUCAAAGCAAUUUAUUGAACAAGAACCAAGCUUGUUUGCACCAAAUAUUUGCCAUGGGCAGUUUCUUAUUCCAUAUAAAACCCCCAUUCUACCUUUGGCCUUUCUUUACACAUUGUGCUUCUCAUACAGGCUGUACUGGUAUAACCUGUGCACCCUGUGUCACCAUUUCUCCCACUCAGUCUGGGAAGUCUGCGCAUCAGGGUGAAAAACCUGCAUCUCAUGCAAAUAUCAAAUUACAUUCAGAACAGGAAACAAAUCAUCUCUGUGUCUCUUGUGACGUGAUGAGAAAAGAGGAAUAUUUAGAGAGUUAUCAUUAGCAUAGGAAGUUAGACCUACAAAGCUAGAUAAGCCAGUCUGAUAUGAAAUACUACAUCAAAGUUAGGAUAUCUUUCUUUGUGCAAGGAGAUGACCACUGAGAACAGGAACGGUGGCCUUUUUCUGUUGCCUUCAUCUGCACAAGAAAGUUCUUGUCAUUGAAGUGCACGAAGAAGGUAGGGCUUUGACACUUGAGAAGAGGGAACACAUGCUAAUUUUACAGGCUUCUCACAUCUUGAGAAAGACCUUAGAGGCUGGCGCUAGAGGUUCUUGACACAAGAAAACAGUGAGUGAGUUUGUUUUCAUAGGAGCAGUACAGGUUUUUUAAUUGACAGCAGUAACAGCACCUGCAGUGUCCCUUAGCAGUAUGUUAUUUAGACAUGGGAGCAUAUCCAAAGUUUUGAUGUGAAAAUCUUGGGGCAUUUAGAGUUUUGAAUCAGGUUUUGCUUAUACAAUUCUUAUACCCAAUAUAGUGAUACAGAGUCCAAGUCAUCUUCAGUUAUAGAUGCUCUGAACAGGAGCAUUUUUUUUUUCUGUGUGAAGCUGGUCAGUCAAUAUAAUAACUAAGGACAGAAACACCCUUAUGCUUUACUAAUACUUUCCAGUUGUGUUUUCGAGACCACUGUUAGAGGUUCCAAACAAUGGGGUGUCUGCUACCUUCAUGAGAAUUUCACAAUCUAAUGAAGAAUUAGUUAACAUUAGUUACUUUCUAGGUUGAACGCCUUGGAGCACUGAAUUUCCCUUUUGCGAGGUACCAUACAUUGCACAGAGAUAAUUAGAUUUUGAUGGGUCUCAAUGUAUAUAUAUAGUUUAAAAAAAAAUCACCCUUAUAUUUGUUAUUUUGACUUUACAGAGCUAUCAGAAUGGUAUCUGUCUGUCAGUCUUGCCUUUCACUUUCAUUCCUGGGGUUAAAUGACUAUUGUUAAACCUGAAUGCUCGUUACAGAAUUCUACCUCACUCAUGAAAAUUAGGGACCAAGCCAGUCCACAGUAGCACAGUCUAGUAUUUUUUUAAAAAACAAGUUUAACUUUUUCUAUAUUCAUUAUAAGGUUCCAAAUGCUCCCCCUGCCCAAUUUAGGCUUUUGAAAACUCUUUUUCUAAAUUAGUUUUAUUUUUUGUGAUGUGAGAAUGUUCAGAAUACUUUGUCAAAACAUACAGAACAUGUGCUCUUUUGUCUUACGUGCAGGCAAAGCUUUUAUAUUUUUAAGGCAUUAAAGAAAUGAGUUAUUCAAAAUGU